CGACCCUGACGACACAAGUACACAUAAUGUGUAUAUAUAUGUAGAGUAUAUAAUAUAAAAAUGUUAGUAAAUGGCAAGUGAUGAUGAUAGUGGCAUGGGAUGGUGGGUUACCUAUUUUUCUUUGUUUACAUGGAAUGGUAGCUUAUUGAUCAUGAACCUUCACUCACUCUUGUUCAUCCAACACAGUUGAGUAGAGCAUAAGCAAUGAAGAUCCAGUGUGAUGUAUGCAACAAAAAUGAAGCUUCAUUAUUCUGCACCGCCGAUGAAGCCGCCUUAUGUAUCGACUGUGACCACCGUGUCCACCACGCCAACAAACUGGCUUCCAAACACCACCGUCUCGCUCUUCAUAACCCAACUCCCAAACAACACCCUCUCUGCGAUAUUUGUCAGGAGAGAAGAGCUUUUGUGUUAUGUAAACAAGACAGAGCAAUUCUAUGCAAAGAUUGUGAUUCAUCUAUUCAUUCAGUGAAUGAACUUACACAAAAACAUGAUAGAUUUCUUCUUACUGGUAUUAAGAUUUCAACUACAAACUCAUCUUCUUCAUCUUCAUCAUCAACACCUUCUUCUGCUACUACCAAGUCAAAUCAUAUUCCUUCUUCUUCUUUGAUUGAAAAAUCUACUACUCCUUCACCAACAUCUAUGGAAGAAGGAAGUGGUGGUUCUACUAUAUCUCAAUACUUGAUUGAGACUCUACCUGGUUGGCAAGUUGAUGAUUUUCUUGAUUCUUCUUCUGUUCCCUUUGCUUUCUCCAAGGGUGAUGAAUUGUUUAAUGCUGGUAUUGAAGAGAAUCUUGAUUCAUUCUUUCCCAAUAAUAAUAUGGGGAUAUGGGUUCCUCAAGCACCACCACCUUCUCUAUAUUCAUCUUCACAGAUAAUGAUGGGGCAGAGUGAGACUACAAAGAAGGGGAGCAACAACAAAAGCACCAUCAACAAAUCAAGGUUGAGGGAUGAUCAUGAUAGUAAUAUUUUCACAGUUCCCCAGAUUAGUCCUGUUGCUAAUUCCAAGAGAACAAGAUAUCUAUGGUAGAUCUAGAUAUGUACCUUAUCUUGUGUGGAUAGUUGUUAAAGCCUCUGCAUCAAAAAAUAACACUUUCUUUGUUUGUUUGUUUUUGUAUUUUUGGUUCUUUUAAUUUUCUAUCUUUUUACCUAUCUUGGCUUGAAUUUCACCUUUUUUUGGUUCCUUUUGACUUUUCUUCUUCUUUUUCUGUCAUUUUCUGAUGGAAAGCUUUCCUACCCUAUACAGGGUUUUGUUUUGAUAAAUUUAUGUACCACUGCACCUUUCUCCUUGUCAAUGUAAAUGUAAAUGCUUUCAUUUCUCUGAGCUUUUUUCUAAUGGAUGUUACUAUUUUUGUACA